CGAAUACAUAAAAACACACACACUGGAGAAAAACCUUAUCAAUGUGACGAUUGCAAUAAACGUUUUACAGACUCGAGCAGUUUGAAAAAACAUAAAAGAACACAUACUGGCGAAAAACCUUAUGAAUGUGAGGUUUGCAAGAAAAGCUUUAUAUUUUCAAGGAGCUUACGAAUACAUAAAAACACACACACUGGAGAAAAACCUUAUCAAUGUGACGAUUGCAAUAAACGUUUUACAGACUCGAGCAGUUUGAAAAAACAUAAAAGAACACAUACUGGCGAAAAACCUUAUGAAUGUGAGGUUUGCAAGAAAAGCUUUAUAUUUUCAAGGAGCUUACGAAUACAUAAAAACACACACACUGGAGAAAAACCUUAUCAAUGUGACGAUUGCAAUAAACGUUUUACAGACUCGAGCAGUUUGAAAAAACAUAAAAGAACACAUACUGGCGAAAAACCUUAUGAAUGUGAGGUUUGCAAGAAAAGCUUUAUAUUUUCAAGGAGCUUACGAAUACAUAAAAACACACACACUGGAGAAAAACCUUAUCAAUGUGACGAUUGCAAUAAACGUUUUACAGACUCGAGCAGUUUGAAAAAACAUAAAAGAACACAUACUGGCGAAAAACCUUAUGAAUGUGAGGUUUGCAAGAAAAGCUUUAUAUUUUCAAGGAGCUUACGAAUACAUAAAAACACACACACUGGAGAAAAACCUUAUCAAUGUGACGAUUGCAAUAAACGUUUUACAGACUCGAGCAGUUUGAAAAAACAUAAAAGAACACAUACUGGUGAAAAACCUUAUGAAUGUGAGGUUUGCAAGAAAAGAUUUACAGAUUCGAGCAAUUUACUAAGACACAAAAGAACACAUCAAGGAGUCGAACCUUACGAAUGCGAUAUUUGUAAGGAAGCAUUUACAACAAAAAGAAGUAUCAUUCAACACAAGAGAAUACACACUGGAGGCAAACCAUAUGAAUGUGAUGUUUGCCAGAAGAGAUAUGCAUUUUCAAACAACUUAAAAGUACAUAGACGAACACACACUGGGGAAAAACCUUAUGAAUGCGAUGUUUGCCACAAGAAAUUUCCAUUUUCAAACAACUUAAAAAUACAUAAACUAACACACACUGGGGAAAAACCUUUUGAAUGUGAUGUUUGCCAUAAGAGAUUUAUUAUUUCAAGCAGAUUGGAAAAACAUAAAAAAUUGCACACUGGAGACAAACCUUAUGAAUGCGAUGUUUGUAAGAAAAGAUUUACAUAUCCAGCUGGUUUAAAAGACCAUGAAAAAACACACACUGCAGAAAAACCUCAUGAAUGUGAGGGUUGCAAGAAAAAGUUCAAAACAUUACGGACUUUAACACAACAUACAGUUACAAUGGCAUGUGGUUUUGAAAAACGUGAAACAACAUACACGGAAGAAAAACUGUAUGAAUGUGAUGUCUGUGAGAAGAAAUUUAUUUAUUCAUCCCAAUUGGAAAGACACAAAAGAUUGCACUCUGGCCACAAACCUUAUGAAUGUGAUAUUUGCAAGAAAAAAUUUAUAUAUAAAGAUGGUUUAAAGCAUCAUGAAAAAACGCACACUAAAGAAAAAGCUUUUGAAUGUGACAGUUGCAAGAAAAAGUUUAAAACAUUACGGACUUUAACACAACACACAGUUACAGUGACAUGUGGUGUUGAAAAACAUAAAACAACAUGCACUGAAGAAAAACCUUUUGAAUGUGAUAGCUGCAAGAAAAAGUUUAAAUCAAAAUGGACUUUACACCAGCAUACGAUUAAAAGAAGACACGCUGGAGGCGAAUCGUAUGAAUGUGAAGUAUGCAAGGAAAAAUUCACCAUGUCUUGUGGUUUAAAGCAACAUAAAACAACGCAUAUUGAAGACAAAAGUCGUGAAUGUGAUGUUUGUAAUAAAAGAUUUUCUCGUUUGAGCAUCUUAUUGAAACAUAAAAAGACACAUGUUGACAAACCUUAUAAAUGUGAUAUUUGCGAUAAAGGCUUUGCAGUGUCAAGAUAUUUGGCAAGUCAUAAGAAAGUACAUGUUGAAAGAACUUUUGAAUAUGAAUGUGAUAUUUGCCACAAAAGAUUUGAAACAUCAAGGGGUUUGGAACAACAUCAAAGACAAACUGAUGAAACGUUUGGUGGUAUCCAAUAUGUUUGUUCUCUUUGUGGCCGUGGUUUUGGUCAUUCCAGAAACUUGCAAGAACAUAUGGCUACUCACAAUGUGAAAGAUGACUAGUUAUUCUUAAUUCUAUAAAUGAAGUUCACGGGUUCUGUUGUGCUACAAUCAAUGUAUAUAGAAAUAAGUGAGAAAACAUUUCUAUCAUUUAUAAGCGAUCACUUUUAAAUACAAGCUUAUUUUGUGAUUGAAGGAGGGUUGAUAUUGAUUUUGAAAUAAAAUCGAAAUGUUACCACUUACCAUGUCUUCUUAUAUCUUGUUAACUCAAAUCUUGGGGAGCAAAGAUGCUUUUAGUGGGAGAAUAUUUUAUAAUAUAUUUUCUUAAGUUACCUCAUCACUGUGUGACCAGAUUUUGACUAGAUACUAGAAUGUCAGUAGCUUACCUUAAUGUGUUUCGUACCAGGGGCGUAGGAACCGGGGGGGGGGCAGGGGGGCCAUGGCCCCCCAAGUUUUGGCAAGUGC